AUGGUCGCACAGGCGUCCUUGAACCCGAUCAUACCCGGCUUUGCGCCCGAUCCAUCGGCCACGUUUGUUGACGGCUGGUGCUUCGUUGUUAACUCAUCGUUUCACCUCUUCCCCGGUCUUCCCAUCUAUGCCUCUCAAGAGCUUUCUAGUUGGAAGCACAUUGGAAAUGCCAUAAAUCGACAAAGUCAACUUAGUCUUCUCAAGUCAAGAACAAACCUCGGCAGCCCGGCCCCAAACACUGGAGGCCGUACAUUACCCGCCACUGGCGGCCUUUAUGCUCCGACCAUUCGCUACCACGACGGUACCUUCUAUAUUGUUUGUACGAAUGCCAGCCGAGAUCCGAGCGAUACCACGGCCAAGAAGGAGAACUUCAUCCUUUCGACCAAGGACAUAUGGAAAAGCAUGUGGAGCGAUCCAGUGUAUUUCGAUUUUGAUGGCAUCGACCCUAGUAUCACGUUUGACAAUGGCAAAGUCUUUAUCCAAGGUUCAGCAGCUCCAGGCCCAGCCACCCGCAUCAACAACUUUCAGAUCGACAUUGAAACUGGCCAAAGGCUGUCGCCAGAGCGCUGUAUCUGGACAGGUAUGGGUGGCGUCUACCCCGAGGGGCCUCAUGUAUUCAAAUGGGACGGAUGGUUUUACCUGAUCAUUGCCGAGGGAGGUACUCACGUGUCCCACUCCGUGACAGCGGCACGGGCGAAGGACAUUUGGGGUCCGUACCAGCCUGCGCCGAACAACCCCAUCUUGACAGCAUACGGGACCGACGAGUAUAUCCAGCAUACAGGCCACAGCGAUGUAUUCCAAGAUGUACAUGGCCAUUGGUGGGCUGUGUGUCUAGCUGUACGCAAGAGUGAAGAGAGAUAUGUUCUCAGUAGGGAAACAUUCUUGACGCCGGCCCGGUGGCAAGAUGGAUGGCUGCACAUGGAGCCCGUCAAGUCUGACGUCAAGAACCAUGCUGGCGUGAAACUCCCAGCCCUCACUACAUCAACUUCACCUGAGGUCGACUAUCUCUAUGUUCGGGAUGCAGAGCUCGAUCGGUAUCGUUUCGACCAUGGUAGUGGAACUGUCACACUGGCACCAUCGUCGACUGAUCUCUCUUCGCCCACGUUAUCCCCUACCUUUGUUGCUAAGAGACAGAGGGUUUUAGAAGGCCGUGCUACUGCCACGGUUUCGCAUUUUGAUAGCUUGUGGGGUGAAGCCAAGGUGAAGUUUGGACUUGCUUGUUACAAAGACGAGCACCGAUUGUUUCGUAUUUACUUUGACACGGCGGACUCAACUCUAGUCUUUGAUAUCGUUAACAAGGCCCAAAAUAUUAGCCGAACCACUCGUCUGGCUUUGAACGGUAUCAAGGCAUUAUCUUUUAGUAUAAUAUAUACUGAAAUGGGGUAUACACUGCAAUAUGGGGCCGAACCAGGCUCGCCGUCGAUGGAGACUCUGGCCACGGUAGACACUUUAGAGAUAACUGACCCGGAUUUCGUCGGGCCUAUUAUUGGUCUCUUUUCUACUGCGAAUAUAGAAGGACAGCAGGUUAUAUUUGAAAACUUCUUAGUCGAGUAG